GGAAAGAGCAGAAAUACGUCAAGCUGUCUGAGCUGACAUUCAAUGCUUUCUUGAAAGAAGCAUGUCUAAAAUUCAGCAUACCAGAAAGCACGCAGCCAGACAUUAAGGUGUAUGACCAGUCAGACACAGAAGUUGACAUGGAGGUUUUUGAAGAAAUAGUGAAGGAGUCACCUGGAACUCUGAGAAUCAUGCUGAGCAAUGGAGGACUUGGUGCCUCUCAGUUAUCAUCAUGCUCGGGUACAUCUGAUGACACCGUCAUCCUGAAUUACAAGCUGUGUGACCCUGUUGAAGAAGAAGCUGCUGCCAAAGGAAGCCAGCCUAAAAGGCCACGCCACAUAAACUACGAGGCAAAAGCGUUGAUUGAAAAAAUCUUAACAUCAAAGCCUGGUAGUGAACAAAUUAUGCAAGAGUAUGGAAAAACCAAAUCCCUGACAGAUGCCACCAGAAGACAGAUGAUUAACAUACUUGCUGCUGAGAUGACAGAAACACAUGGGUAAGCAUUAAGCAUAUCACUGGGCUGUAAAUAAACAUUGUUAUUAUUUUACAAAUAUUAAUUAUGUAAAUUGUGUUGCGCAAUGUCAUUUGAGUGUGAUUUUAACUUUGAAUUCAUAUGCUAGGACUCCCCCCCCAAAAGUGUCAGAGUGAUGUAUGCACAGGGGAUAGUAGCUUUGUUUCCCUAUCUAGAAGACCCAUACUCACAACAUGGAUAUGCAAGUGAAUGGGUUAUUGCAACAUUAUGCACAUGUUCACUCUUUGAAAUGUUAAUAGUACUCCUUUAAAAUGUAUUUAUAAUCACUUAGGAACAUUACUACGAUCCAGAGAGUGGUUCAGGAUACCUUGCAUGGCGAUUGAAGACCAUACAAAGAAAAACAGCAGAGGAAAGAGGUGCCUCAGUCAGCAAAUCUCCAAAAGUUGGUGGGCCAGGUCGUGUUCGUCAGCCCUCCACCUUUGACAGAGAGCCAUCUGAUGAGGAUGUGGAAGCAGCUAUUGCUGUUUUGAGACACUCUGCUGAUGAAAAGACUGUCCGUGACAAAAUGAAAAUGACCUUCAUAUAUCGGCAAGCAAUAGUCAACGAUGAAGCCAAAUCAUCAAAUGUCUUCUUGGUCUUCCCACGAUUUCUGGAUACACCAGGACUGGUAUGACAUCUUAAUUCACAGCAUCACCAAAAUAUCCAAUGUAGCAUUAUGUAACACUCAUCACUUCUGUGUGUUACAUUGCAGAUAGAACAAGAUUUCAGAUUUCUGUUUGGUGAGGCCAUGGCCAACAAAUUUUUGGAGAAGUGGCCAACCACUUUUAAAGCAAAAGUAAUAAAGGAAAGCCAUGGACUUGUACCCACCACAGAACUCUUGGAUUUGAUGCGCAAUGCUGAGUCAGCUGCUGAAGUUGAGAAUGGCUGGGACAGUGACAUGUCUGCCAUCUUGCUGCUGCUACAUCUGCUACCACCAUCUGCACAAGGUAGAAAGAGGCCGGGAAAGCUUUCUGCAUUUCAAGCUGUAGAUCAGCUCAUCAGAUUUCAAAAGGUUGGAACCAGUGUGCAGCAGCAUCUAGACAACAUCACCCAAAGCAGUCAGCCCACACAGAGCACCAUUCACUCCUACUUCAUUGUGGUUGACAAGUAUGCACUUCCAUGCAGGGCAACAGGUUCACUUGGAGCUUUUGAUGAACUCUUUAAAGCCCAUUACGUCUUUGGUACGUCAUACAGUUCUUCCCUGAGCAGCUUUUGCACUUUUGUCCAAACAACCAUCUAUAACAUCGACAUGGGGGAAACAAAGGAGACUCCCAGAGUUGCAGAGUUGCGGGCAAGAAUGGUGCGUUAGUUGAGAUAAAGCUAUGAAGUGUUUUCUUUGCAAAAGUGACCAUGGAAGUCCAAACAACCUUGUUAAGCACUUUAAGGUAAUUCAUGGGCUAUGUACAGGCAGGACUCUUUUUCUGAAGUGUGGUCAAGAAGGAUGCUCAUGUACUUUUGGUAGUUUUUCUGGUUUAAGAUAACAUCUUAAUAAGUGCCAUGGAAGCAGUUUAGUUGAUUUUAUAGAAUAUGAUCUUUCAUAUCCUCAAAGUACCGUCAAUACAAGUAAUGUUUCUCAUUGUCAGGGUGCGAGCGAAAACAGAAGGCGGAAGCCGGAGUACAGCUCGCUCGAGUUUUAAUACAAGUGUGAGGGAGAGAGAGAGACACACGAGCACACACAGACGCGCACACGCGCACACACACAUACAAGCACAAGCACACGGCACACGGAGAGUCCGAGGUGCGCUAGCUGACCCGAGAUGCGCGGGGAGGUGAAGCGCGGCCGGUACGGGAUUGUGGAGUCCGGACAGAACGGAACGGAAGACAUAGACCAUAGCACAAAACAAACAACCCAUACAACCAGUACGUAGCGUCCAACACAUUCAAUAACGAACGGGGAUAGGGAGUGAAAGAGGAGCUUAUAUAGAAGCGGGGUGAAGUGAUUAUGCCUGGAGCUCCAGAGAGAGUCGAGGCCUGAGCGAUGAUGAGCUCCAGGUGUGCGUGAUUAAACCUGGAGCUCUAGGGAAAGCGGAGGCAUAGAGAGCCACCAAAGGGGGCGUGGCAGGUGGAUCCCUGACACUCAUGUUGAAAAGUCGACUGAAUAUUUAGAGGCUCAGUCACAGUUAUCUUCACCAUACAUUGUAAAUAGUUGUUCAGCUGUAAUUUCUGAUCUAAAGACAGCAGGUGUUGGUCAAAGUACACUGAAUUCUGUAGUAAUUUCCAUGGAAGAGAUUGUUCAAGAUAUCCGUCAGCAUGCCAAAGAGACAGUGAUAAAGCAUGUAUUUAGUAAUGAAAGAGAAACGGAAAUGUGCAAGAAAGUUGAGGCGUGUUUUGAGGGGUUAGAGAAUCCUUUCACAAUUUUAAAUUCGGAAUACAAGCGAUCAAAAUUUAUGACUGACAAGUGGGAAAUAGUAGAACCAGUUGAAAGUGUGAUUGGUUCAAGAUUUGACACAAGACGAAAUAAAAAAGACUGGAACAUAUGAUCAGGUAGUAGUUCAAGAUAAAUUCAUGUAUAUUCAAUUUUAUCUACACUGCAGUCAAUAUAUAAAAGUCAGUAUGUUGCAGAAAUGUUGCAAAGCUCAGCUACCAGCGACUCUAGACUGAGAGAUAUUUGUGAUGGAUCUUUUUUAAAAGUCACCCCCUGUUCUCAACUGAGAAGCAGACAAUACAGAUCCAGAUGUUCUAUGAUGACUUUGAGGUCACCAACCCUCUGGGUCCUAAGCGAGGUAUUCAUAAAUUGGGUGGAGUAUAUUUUACUUUAAGAAACUUCUUUCCAAAAUGGAAUUCUUUCUUAGCUAACAUACACCUGUGUGCCUUAUUUCAUACUCAAGAUGUUAAACGGUAUGGUUUUAGUGAAAUUUUUGCUCCCAUUGUUCGAGACAUUAAAGUGUUAGAGAGUGAUGGUAUUGAGAUUCCAUUAUACAAUGGUUCUGUUCGUGGCACUGUAGUACAGGUUACUGGGGAUAAUUUGGGUUUGCAUAGUUUGUUUGGUCUGGUGGAGUCUUUCAGUGCAAGGUACUGUUGCAGGUUCUGUUUAGCGGAAAAGGAGGAUUUUCAGACAGAAUUCUCUGAAGAUUCUUCCAAAGUAGUUUUGUGCACCAAAGAUAUACACACUGCUCACUGUCAAGAAACAGCUUGUUUCCAUCCCUUCCAUACGUAUUUGGUGUGAAAUGGUCAUGCAUAUUAAAUUCAUUGGAGUAUUUUCACACAACAGAGAACUUCUCAGUUGAUGUGAUGCAUGAUGUGUUAGAAGGGGUGGGCCAGUACGAAUUAAAAUUAUUAUUUCUGUAUUUGAAGGAAAAACCUGUUACAUCAGCGGAAAUAAUUUCAAGAAUAGAAAGUUUUGAUUAUGGUUUCAUGGAGAGAAACAACAGGCCUGUAGCUGUUAAUUUAGGUGAAGGAUCUAAUGAUCUGGGACUGAAUGCAGUUCAGUCCUGGUGCUUACUUCGGAAUGUUCCUCUUAUCUUUGGUGAUUUAGUAACUUCUACUGACCAACACUGGGGCCUGCUUCUUUUACUACUUCAAAUAAUAAACAUUAUAUUCUCGCCCAUGUUAUCUCAAGGUUUAUGUAUAUAUUUAAAACAUUUAAUUGUGGAUCACCACACACUGUUUAAGAAGUUGUAUCCUCAGAAAAACCUUUUACCAAAGCACCAUUUUCUUAUCCACUAUCCCCGCUGCAUCCAGAAAAUUGGGCCUGUCCUUCAUAGUUGGUGUAUGAGGUAUGAAGGCAAGCAUAAUUUUUUCAAAAAACAGCUUAAAUCAUUUAAAAAUAUUACCAAAACGCUGGCAAAAAAGCAUCAGAAUCAUAUGGCAUAUAGUUGGCGAAGUUCAACAACUUUUGGUCGGUUAGACAUUGGUCCAGGAAAAAUGGUGUCUUUAAAUAUGGUAAAAGGAGGUUCUGAAAUUGCUAUGGCAAUGCAAGUGCCCAGUAGCAUUCAGGUUAUGAAGGUUAAUUGGGCUAAACAUAAUGGUUUUGUUUAUCGCCCAAACUUGGUUAUCUGUGGCAAAAUUGAAUCUGAAGUGCCCGUGUUUUAUCAGAUUGAGUCAGUUCUGAUAAUGUGUGAAAAACUGUUGCUACUCACAGUGCCUUUAAGUACAGUAACUUUUCAGGAACAUUUCCAUGCAUAUGAGGUGAUCAGAGCAAAGCAGGAUUUUGUUUUUUUUCAUGUUGACGACCUGCAUUACCCUAGGCCUUUUGACAUAUAAAU